UUUCUGUCAACUACGAACUACCGAUGGUAAAGGUUCUCGGGGAUACUUGUAAUAAUGCCGAAGCUCAUCCGCAUGCGAAUCCGCGACAUCAUGUAUGUUUAUAAGAAGUAAUUUAUUCCUCUCAAAUUCUUAGUGUGGAGAAGAGUAAACAUAAUCGGAAUAUUGUGACAUAUCAUAUUUGGAUAAAACUUUUCUUUUUUAAUAAAAAAUCGUCUCCAAAAAGAGAUUGUUGUAAAAAAGUGCGCUAACAUAAUGUAAAAUGUAAGGAUAGAGUUUGAUCAGAUUUAUUCGUUAAGCCGAGAGAUUUAAUUCAAAUCAUCGACGAAAUCGAUGAAGCGUGUGUGUUUGAGAGUGACAGUGUGUUCGCAAAGAUACGUAAUAAUAAAAUCCACUGGUGAAAGGAUAUAGUGACGAACUCGAAAGAUGUGCUCGUUGUAAGUUUUAAAAAACGAUAAUUAAAUGUGAUGCAAAGAGUUGCGUUUGCAAAAGGAUUAUAUCGCGACAAAGACAGAUAGAGGUGAACAAUCGCGAUCGCAACACGUGACUAGAGGCGAAAGUGUCACGUGGGGGUGUUGCAUCGCGUUCGAAUUCGCACCCGGGACGCUUCAUCCGCGAAUUCCUGCAAAAAUUCGCAAAUAUCAGGAGGAAUUUUGACCUGUGAAAAAAAAUCACGCCGCUGAAAAAAAUCACGCAAAAUUCAUUAAACCACGAAAUUAUUACAAACGAAAAUUUACGAUCGCUGAUAUCGGACGAUUCAUUUUCUUCCUCUCAUCAUAUAACAAGAAAACAAAGAUAAAAAAAGGAUCCGGAUGCACAUCGAAGGAUGAUUGCGGAAGCUGGGUGAAAUUUGCGAGAAGUUUCGUGCCGCAUCUUCGCGCGAAGGCUUUCGCUUUGAUAUAACUAACGAGCCGCGGCCGACGAAGGAGCCGGUUAAUCAACGAUGAAAGACCAUCGGUGAGGGAAAAUAUCUCGUUUGUUAUCAUUUUGAGCUCGACUUUGAAAAAAGAGAUUAAGACAAUUCGAUGCAAAAACCGACUUUUCGAAACGCUUCUCUCUUCGAUGAGUAAUUAUUCCGCGUUAAUUAAUGCACAUCGAAGAAGACAGAGAGAAUAGCGUUAAUCCGUUCAUCGCGAAGAUAGGACAUUCAGCGAUGUAAAAGGGAACGACGAGUGUCGUGAGGGAGUGAUUCCUUUGACGGAGAUAUAUAUGUAUGCUCCGUAGUGUAGCGCACACCUGGGUAACGUCGCACGCAAAAAAAAAAGGGACAAAGAAGACGCGCCCCGAGUCUUCGCGUAAAAAGUUCGUGAACGCGCCCAAGGGAAAGCCCAAAGCAAGUUGCGGAGGACGAAAAACAUUAUGGGACAACGUUUACGGCGGAAACAGCGCUCGUCAUCCAACAACUAACGAUAAAAGGAAGGAUCGUUAAGCUCGAGAAGACCCUUGCGGAAUGACCGAAGUAAGCUGGAGUAAUAGCGAAAUUGCUUUCGCUUUGAUAUACGAAAGCUGAGUGCGGUUAUUGCUGUGGUUUCUUUUCAAGAACACGUGGCGGCGUCGAAAAACAAUCUCUUGGUGAGAAAUCGAGAGAAUUUCUUCGUUGAUCAAAUAAAUUGCGAGAACGUUAGACAAGAAGUCUAGUGUGAUAAUUUAAUUUUAAUGAAACUCGCAAGUAAUAUAACAACUAUUUUCUAUCUGCUAUCGCGGCCAACUGGUAUUUACGAUUUUUUCUCAAAAAGAGUAAGAAGUAAAGAUUAAAAUCGUGAAGAAGUAAAUCACGGCAAGAACAGCGAAAAAUUCCUAGCGUUCCGUUAAAUCUAAGAUCGCGAGAUGGAAUUUUUUUUAUGCCAAACGACGCUAUCGGUAUUCUGUAUUGUUUUAAAAAGUACUUAGCUACGCGAAGAAUAUUUCCGCGAAGAUCUGAAAACGCGGGUGAAACCGUUGCGCGAGAAUAAAACGACGAAUGCGAAGAAAUUUCGUUCGUUCGAUCGAUUCAUCAACGAAAAUUCAAAUUCGGACAUUACUGACGAUUUUCUCGAAAAAGCACGUGGCAUUAUCGUAUCUCUUUGAAUGCGGAAAUCAAAGGACAUUGUGGACGCGAUUAAAGUGAAAAUUUCCGUCGGUGCAAAUUCUGAGGUGCAGAUUCUAACUCACUUUUUUUUUCCUCAACGGUACAAACGACCACGAUUAUCCUCCCCUCUCUUUCCCCGUGCACAAAUGUCAAGUGAACGAUGAAGUACUCGAGGGUGCUGACGAAGAAUUGGAGCGCCACUUCACUCGGCGACGAAUCGUGCUCCAGGUGCGGCAAGUGUCUGACUAAAAUGCAGUUCGUACUACUGUCGGUGCUAUUCUGCUCUUCUCUGACGACAGGUACCACGCUGAAGAUACUCAGAUUGGAUGUACCCAGCAUCGCCGAUCCAAGGUUGGAGAAAGUGUCGCUCAGAUGCGAAUACGAUCUCGGCGGUAAGGAGCUGUAUUCGGUGACGUGGAAUAAAGACGGUCAGGAGAUAUUUAAAUAUAUGCCGGGAGCAUUGAAGCCUAAGCGACCUCAGAAUAUUACCGAUCUGUACAUCGACCUUAGUCAUAGUGACAGCAAGCAAGUGACACUUCUGAGUCCGAGCAUUCAUAAAGGUGAAAUCAACUUGGCGGGAUCUUAUGGUUGCGAAGUAUCAUCGGAAGGGCCGAUUUUCGAAACAGACUACAUGGAGGCGAACAUGAGCGUGGCUAUACCACCCAAAGAUGCCCCGACACUUGACGGGAUACGACCUUCUUACAAGAUCGGUGACAUCCUUGAAGCGGAGUGCACGUCGGGAUUGAGUUACCCUCCGGCAGUUUUAACGUUCAUCUUGAACGGUAAAGAGGUAAACAAAGCUUUAAACAAAGACUUGCCGGUUAACAACAUAGACGGAAGUGUGGUCUCCACGACACGGUUGGGCCUAACGUUGCGUCUGGAACGGAAUCAUUUUUCCGAGGGCAGGCUAACAGUGACCUGUCGAUCGACACUACCAGGAGUCGGCCUGGUCUCCCAAAGUAUCGAGAUCGCGACUCUUGCCGCCAGUAACCAACGUCUUGCCCAAGAACCCCCUAAAUCGGGGGUCUCAAGUGGGGUUUCAAGGUUGAAUGUCGGAAUGUUUCAUACGGUUCUGAUUUGCUGGAUAAUAGUCGCGAUUCACAUAAUCCGUUGCAACAGUCUCAGAUUUCUAUGCGUUUAAUGUCGAUCCGGGCGCUAGUUUUUGAUCGACAACAAGAUAAACCGAUGACGGCAAUAUCUUUAUUAAAUUCGUGUUAAUUAGUACAUAUCUGUUCACGCGAUUGCGGAAGGUGUUGUAUAUCGUUGUCGAUUUCUCCCUAUGUGUUAAUCGACGAUCGCGGAUGUAUGUAUGUAAUCUUAGGGCGUGACGCACCAAGUGUGUCGAUACACAUUUCGAUGCCCCGAAUCUUCGCGCAUCCUGUACACGUUCAAUCGCAUGUAUACACAGUGUUAGAACACCCCGUAUAUCUCGUAUAUAGCGGAUAACUCGGAGAGAGACAUGACGAUAGUAAUACAACACUACGUAAAGUAGGUCGAAACGCGGACGCCCGAUGUUGUACAUAGUGUAUAAUUGUGGAUUAGCAUUACAAAUUAUCGUGUAUAAUUAACUGGACGGGAGACUGAACGAUGACGAGAGAACACGAUGAAAGUAAUAUGAGAUGUAUCGGGAUUCGCACGAGACACGCGCGCGAGAAAAGGCGAGCGCAAUUUUUCGAGGGGAAAAAAUUAUGCAGCUGAAAAGCCGCAUCUCCGAGAGAUAUCUAUCAUUCACACAUCCAGACCAGAAGUAUAUAGUUUAAUAAAUAUAAAUAUAAAUGUGUACACGCGCGCGCCAAUCGUAUAAUCUUAAGUACGGCUCGACGCGACGUCGACGUUGACGUAUAGUAUAAGUAAUGUGUGGUUAAUUUGACUAUAUUCCCCACAUCCGAUCUUCCUCAAUGACGUGUGCGAGGUUCUAUGUAUGAAGUAAGAAAUAUGACGCUUUUGUUCCAUUGCCACUUUUACAUGAACCAAGUCAUUAUUAUCGAAACGAUUACGGUAAUAAAACGAUGAUUUAA